CUUACCAACAUGUCUUCUCCCACGAAACACGAUGUUUCUGGACCUGUUGUUGUCAGCGCCAACAGUAACAGAAAGGUUUUCAGUGGCGGGAAAGGUCCUACUAGGCGAGUAGCUCACCAGAUACCAGAAGAAAUAUUGAAUGAUCCGAAAAUACAAGCUGCAGUUAAAACAUUGCCUUCAAACUACAACUUUGAGAUCUACAAGACAAUAUGGAAGAUUCGGUUCUCUGAUGCGAAGAGAGUUGCACUGCAGUUCCCUGAAGGGUUGCUGUUGUUUGCUUGUACUAUAGCAGACAUCAUUGAACAGUUUACCGAUGCUGACACGCUCAUCAUGGGUGACGUGACAUAUGGAGCGUGUUGUGUUGAUGACUUCACUGCCAAGGCUCUGGGAGCGGACCUCAUGGUGCACUAUGGUCACAGCUGUCUAGUUCCAAUUGAUCGCACAGAGGGGAUACAGAUGCUGUAUGUGUUUGUGGACAUCAAGAUUGAUACUCUUCACUUCCUGGAGACAGUGCGGUAUAACUUCCAGCCUGGCGCCAAACUGGCGCUGGUCAGUACCAUACAGUUUGUGGCAGCUCUGCAGGGUGCCAGCCAGGACCUGAAGGCUGACUACCAGGUGACCAUUCCACAGUCAAAACCCUUGUCACCAGGGGAGAUCCUUGGCUGCACAUCACCACGGUUACAAGACAUCGAUUCCAUCAUCUAUCUAGGAGAUGGACGGUUCCACUUGGAGUCCAUCAUGAUAUCCAACCCAGAUAUACCUGCAUACAGGUAUGAUCCUUAUGAUAAGAAGUUUACACGCGAGUACUACGACACUCCCAGAAUGCAUCAGGUCAGGCAGGAAGCUAUUGCCAAUGCAGCACAAGCAAGGAAGAUUGGGGUUGUGCUUGGAACACUGGGAAGGCAGGGGUCGCCAAAGAUUUUGGAGCACAUGCAGGAGAAGAUACAAUCAUCAGGCAGACACUUCAUCACUGUGCUGCUGUCGGAACUCUACCCAGACAAGCUGAAGCUGUUCCACGAUGUAGAUGCGUGGGUGCAAGUGGCCUGUCCAAGGCUCUCUAUAGACUGGGGAGCGUUCUUUGACAAACCAGUUCUCUCUCCAUACGAGAUGUCCGUAGCAAUGAAGUCAACUGAGUGGCAGGAGGUGUACCCGAUGGACUUCUACGCCAACGACAGUCUUGGAGCCUGGACAGUCAACAAUGAGGCCAACAGACCGCCGCGUCCCCAACGACGGAAACCACCAGGAAAGGGUGUGACUACCACGGACCAGGUGACGAAGACAGUGGCAUCGACGGACACUAAAACAGAGAGGUGUACCCGGGACUGAAAACUGCCCUGAGAAGCGUCAGGGGUCUGAAAGGUGCUGUGGAGAUGCAGGGUCAAGGACAUCCAUAGUACAAGAUGUGUCUGUUUCUUCAGAGAAGACAUUGAACGAUUGCACAAACUGUGAGUGUAAGUCAUGACGAAGCUUGAAAUUUGUGGUUCAGCCUCACAUUUCAUAUUGUGCAUAGAAGAUGGGAAGUGAUUCAAGCCUGGCUUAGUGAGGGGUUAUAUCCAGGUAGGAAUUGAAGCUGUUCACUGUCAGCAUGAAGAUGUUCUGGUGGCUUGUGUUCUGUGGGUGAUAAAAUAAUGUCAGAACAAGC